UGGCGUCUGCUUUGGGCUUUUGCUGUGAAGGUCUCGUCAGGAAGCAGUCGUCCUCCUACUCUGGUUGUUUUAAAGAUGGCGGCGGGUUUGGACGCCUCGCAGAGCUUGGUGUUUUUCGCGCCGUUGUGAAGUUUUGCCACCGUUAAUCCGAGACGGAGAGCUCCGAUGGCGGCGUCAUGAGGAGAGGGUCACUGUGCAAUGUUACCGGAUGCCUCGUGUGAACCGGACAGCCGUUUUAUCACUGCUGAUCGUCAGCAGCUCCGUGUUCCUGCUGUUCCAGUUGUAUUACUACCGGAAGUACGUCAGCAAGUCUGGUCCUCACAUCCUGAGCCGAACAGGUCACCUGACCGCCAGCGACGUCCAAUGGCAGACGGUGAAAAAGUUCCUGGCAUUAGCCCAUCGUUUCAGGCUACCAGUGUUUCUCGCCGACACCGCAGCGCUCAAGUUGCUCUCCCAGGAUGCUUUGCGGCAGCGCGACCGGCAGGUGCGCGAGCCGCACUGCAGCUUCCUGUGCACCGGCCGGCCAAUCACGUCGUUCGCACUGCAUGCUAACAUGUGGAAGUACGAUCAUGGCUUCCUAGUGGCUGCUGAGCAGAAAGGCUUUGAGCUGCUGGAGCUGCGAGGAGAGGACCCACGAUUGGCCAGUCUGGACACCCUAUCAGGAGAGGAGAUCCCCCUGCACUUUCUGUUCCGCCUCCACAGUUACAUCAUCCAGGUGGUGUUCCUGUACGAGCGUAGUGGGAACUACCUGUGGCACGGAGCAUUACAUCUCAAAGCAAACAUGGACCGAGGGUUCGCUCCAUUCAAACUUCUCGACUAUGGACGCCACGCCGGAGCUUAUGACAGGCUGGAGCUAGUCCUGACUGUCCUGGAUGGCCUCGACGUUCAAGUACCACGCAACGUCUCGCACUUUCUGUCCGAGCAGAAAAACGCUCGCUUCCUGGAGUGCCGUUACCGCGACGCCCGCAACUUCCUGCAGCUCUACCCUGACGACUCGUCUCCAGCAGCGGUGGAUUUUCGCAGGAAAGCAAAGUCAUUGCUUCAUUUAGCUGCUCGAACACUCGGCCACCUCGACGUCCCCUUCUGGCUCAGCAGCGGCACCUGUCUGGGCUGGUUCAGGCAGUGCAGUAUUAUUUCGUACAGUCGUGAUGUCGAUAUUGGGAUCUUUAUCAUAGACUUCAGGGCAGACAUCAUCGCAGCAUUCAGAGAGGCCGGCCUUUCACUCAAGCACAAGUUCGGGAAGGUGGAGGACAGUCUAGAGCUGUCCUUCCUGGGUGGGGACGUCAAACUGGACGUUUUCUUUUUCUACGAAGACGGAGACGUCGUCUGGAACGGAGGGACGCAGGCGAAGAGCGGCAGGAAGUUCAAGUACGUCUUCCCUCGCUUCUCGCUCUGCUGGGCGGAGCUUCUCGAGCUGAAAGUUCGCGUUCCGUGCCAAACACUCGACUACGUGACGGCGAAUUACGGCGCCUCCUGGAGCAUCCCUGUGAGGAGCUGGGACUGGAAGUCGUCACCGAGCAACGUGCAGGAAAACGGGGCAUGGCCUCCGUCGGAGUGGGCGGAGCUCAUCCAAGUUUACUGACCAGGACAAAGACACAAGAUGGAAAAUAAAAUCAACACUGAAACUACGAAUAAAGACAAAGCGAAAAAAGUCAAAGAAUAUGAACUGAUUUUUUUUCUUUUCAUGCCAGAAUCUGGAAACUUCUGGCAGACGUCUUCAUCAACUAAUAAUACCAAUAAUAAUAAUAAUGUCAGGUCAUCCACAGAUUAAAUUUGUGAGAUCAUUUUAAUAAUUUCCUUCCUAAAAUCUUAUAUUUCAGCCCAAUUUUUGUGAUUAAUUUCAUACUUUACUCAUAGACUUUAUACUAUUUGGUUUAUAUAUUUGUCUUUUCACCAUGGAAAAAAAACUUAUCAAGCGUUUAAAACUGUGUUGUGCUGCUGAAUUUAAUUGCACAUAAGUAUCUUUUAUAUGUGUGAGCGGUGAUAAAAUAGAGUUCAUUUAAAUUUAAAUCAACCGCACAUGAACAUGAAAGCUCAUCUGAGUUUAACAUCAAACAGGUGUAAAGACUUUGAAGACACCUGAAUUAUAUUUUUCAUUAAAAAUCUGCCACUUAAAAUAAUUUAGUCAUAACAGCACAAACUGUAUUAACAUAUUAUAAUAUACAGAGUUAUUAGAACAGGUGCUCUGUAACUGUUUAUUACAUCAACAGUUAUUAAACAUAAUAAUUAUCCGUUUCAGCUAUCCCAGUUAAAACUAUAUUUCUGUGCUUUUGUCAUUUUGCAUGUCUUCAACUCAAAAAAAAAAAAGAAAAUUUGCGGCUGCCUGGAUCUUCUGCAGACUGUCAGCGUGAUUAUGAAGGAGUAGGAUGAACUGUCCAGGGUGACACGAAGAACUGCUGCGUCUCUGUUUUCAUUGGAACCAAACGGCAACACUCAGGACACGACAAACUCACUCCUGAAACCACGGGGAAUUAUCAUGGUCUGGGACUCAUGGUGAUGGACCGUGUUUAAAUCCGCAUUGAAAGGCGCACGGAUGCUGCGGUUGUGUCCUAACGCUGCUCUCUGCUGGUGGAGUUUGUGGUCGUACAGUGCCUGCCGUUCUAUCUGCAGAGCGAGUUCACCUGUUGUUACUGCAGCGGUCCACCCGUGAGAGCUGGGGCCUGCUUCAGAAAGCAGGUUUAACAAACUCUGCAUUUAACCCUGAAUUCUGGGUUGAAUAACUGACUAACUCACAGUUUUCAGUUGCAGAACAGGUGAUAAUAAUUAGGUCAACUCUGACUUAACCCUGAGUAAAGCACAUGAUUGAAUCAUCAUGGCAACAGGAGAAAAAAAGGCUCCAUCCUCCUACUUCUUUCCAGUGCAGUCAGAAAUAUUAAUGAAUGUGUAUGCAGAAUAUGAAUAAAUAUUUAAGAAAACAAAAGCAAUACAGUAGCAGCAGCAAAAUAACGUUAAAAUUGCUUACUGAGUCAAUGCGUGAGUAAUAAUUGAAGUUUUAUCUCAAGUGUUCGACUUAUUCAACAUAAAUAUAUAUCUAUAUGUAGCUAUAUAUAACAGGUAAUUUCAUUACAAGCAAUUGUGGUGUUGUUUAGCCUACCCCACCUAACUAAAUAAGACUCAGUGGCUAUAUUCAACAUGUCAUAUAAUUUAAGUAGUUUGUGAAAUUUUUCAAAGGAAAAAAAAGGUAAAAUUUUCUGCCGUCCCAACACUUCCAGUAUUUAAUAUUGUGUAUUUGAAAGCAACACCUAAAUGCCUUUAUUCAUACAAGUCUCCAAAUGUGUGCUAACUGGAUAUGUUCAAAUUUGUCCUCCAGUAUAGCCAGAAGAAAACUGUUGACACCCAAAAAACCGGUGGGGGUCCAGCACCACCACCUUCACCACCACUCACAGGGGCUGAGGAGAUGGCCCUCAGUCAAAAGAGUGGACGACCUGGAGGCAAGUUCAUCUGACCCAACCGGCUCCCAGAACACAAGGGCCUACAUAAGAGUUUAGUUAUUAAAUGAAGAUAUAUGUACAUUCAUCCUUUUGCCUGCGUCAGCUCAGUGACACCUGCCCAUCCAUCUUAUUUCCUUGUAGUGGUCUAAUUCUUUGUAACUGACUGCUGUUACUUUUUCAGAUUCUUAGCUGUCCCUCAGAAAUAUCUAUUUCAAGGUGACUUUGAGUUAUAUAUUUGAAAAAUUGUGGUGUGGCCUGCACACUGUUGUAAAAAGAAAAUGCAAAUGAGGUGGGGCAUUUUUUCUGGGUAAUGUUCUAAUUUAACCGUGUAAUCUUCUUCAUCUUCUACCAGUUACUGAUGGUGUAAUCUGUCUGGUCGAGCCUUCUGCCAUAACAGACCUCCACGCAGUUGUAAGUACUCUUAAUACGCCACAGAUUUCUCGUAACGGGUUAUGGCCCUUUGAGACACAUUGCCGUUUUUGCGCUGCGCUCGCCGCUGGGUUCAAUGCAUUGGAAGCCAGUGGAAACUAUGGGUUUCAGAGUGCAGUGGUGCCGUUGUGCAGAAGAACGGUAACACUCAAACAGAUGAUCAUCAGGGAAUGAUAAAACAUCCAAGCAGAGAUUUUCUGCAGAGUCUUUGUGCUUUAAUAUCGAUU